CAAGUUUAAUGUACUAACAUGAACCUCCAGAUCCUCCUCGCCUGUGCGGCGUGCGUGUGCGCCGCGUCCGCCCAGACGUACGAGGCCCUGGGCGUGCUUCAGCCGGCGAGGCCGAGGGACUUAGGGCAAUACGAGAACGUGGUGGCGGCGACCAUCGACAUCCUGCCCGAGGUUGCCAAGACCCUGAAGGAGCUGGCCAGCAGGAUGACUCGCUCUCAGGACGACCCCUUCGACGCGCAGAACAUGUUGGAGAUCCUGAUGGCGUUCAUGCCCGUGACCCGCAGGAUCCUGUUCGCCGUGGCCAAGGCCGAGGGUCGGACUGUGUCCGAGGAGGAGCUGCAGAGGCUGGACCGCGCCGAGAAGAUCCUUCCCUCCGCCUUCAAGUUCAUGCUCGAGAUACAGGGCAGCGACUUCUUCGGCUUUGAAAACCCCGACGCUGAGAGGGCCCCGACACAGGACGCCGUCUCCCUCGCCGACACCAAAGUGAGCGGCUCGUUCGUCCAGAUGCCCCACGGGAGAGGGAUGUUCAUCCACCACGGGUAAGCGGAAGACACGCAGACGAAGGCGCAGGAGUAGGAGGAGAAAAGGCAUCGUCAAUCUACGACGGAAGAGGUGGAGAGAAGAGAAAAAGCUCAAGACAGGAAGUUGGAAGAUGUGAAGCGAGAGGAAACAACGGGAAGUAAAGAAGUUCGAAGUGGAAGUACAGAAGAAAACGGGAACAAGAAAAACAGAAUACGAAGAAGAGAAGAUACAGAAGAAAAUCUAAUUACGAUUAUAAAAAAAUCUCCAUUGGUCUGAUGUAGGUCUAUUCUAUGUAAAUUUUCUUUAGCAUUCCUUUGCAUAGUGCUAUCAGUAUGCUGUGAUAAGAAAUAUGUUCCUAUGCCUCAUUACAUGUAUACCUAUAUGUAAAUAAACGAUGCAUAAAUCCGA